AUGGCUGAUAACCGUAUGUUUCUGUUUCUCCAAGCAGACCAAGCUUUUGUGACGCUCGCCACAACAGACAACUACGCCAAGGGAGCGAUGGUUCUCGGCCAGUCGUUACGGAACCACAACACAACCAAGAAGCUGGUCGCACUGAUAGGGCCUCAUGUUGCAGAACCUUGCAGAGAUGCACUACGCUCCAUCUUUGAUGAGGUGCGUGUGGUGGAUGUUAUGGACUCGGGCGAUACGGCUCAUCUAUCCCUGAUGAAGCGUCCGGACCUGGGGGUGACAUUCACCAAACUGCACUGCUGGACUCUCACACACUACAGCAAGUGUGUGUUCAUGGACGCGGACACAUUGGUGCUGUCAAAUAUAGAUGAACUCUUUGAGAGAGAGGAACUGUCUGCAGCUCCAGAUCCUGGUUGGCCAGACUGUUUCAACUCUGGGGUGUUUGUCUUCAGACCGUCCAAUGAGACACACGAGAAGCUGCUCGCCUUCUGUAGUGAAAACGGCAGCUUCGAUGGUGGAGAUCAGGGGGUUCUCAACAGUUUCUUUAACACCUGGGCGACAGCAGAUAUAUCCAAACACCUUCCCUUCAUCUACAACCUCAGCAGUAUCGCCAUCUACUCCUACCUGCCAGCUUUCAAACAGUACGGCCGUGACGCCAAGGUGGUGCACUUCCUGGGCAAAGUGAAGCCGUGGAACCACUCCUACGACGCUCAGAGGGGCGAGGUCAGAGGUCACUCCCUGUCCCCCGACCUGAGCCAGUUGCACCCCGACUACUUGCUCAUGUGGUGGCAGCUGUACGCCAAGUCUGUACUGCCUUUACUGCAGCAGGCCUACGGAGACACUCCCUUCAGCAGCGGCUUCGUAGAGGCGAACGAGAAUGGUAAGCUUCAUGAAGAUGUGAGAGAGCAGCCGGCACCCUUUGCGCCUCCUCCGCAGAAGGUUUCAUCAGAGGAGAGGAAGCAGCGCUGGGAAGCGGGCCAGAUUGACUACAUGGGUGACGACUCCUUCGCCAACAUCGAGCGAAAGCUUGACUCCUUCUUAAAGUAGCGGGCAGGGGGCGAGGGGGUGCGACGGACAGAGAGAGCAGCAGUUUGAAGCCCUGUGUGGGUGGGAAUUUAAGCACUGCUCAGCCAAUCACGGGGCUUCAUUAGCAGGUGACUGGGUGAAUGCCUCUGUGCAAGUUUCAGCCUCACUCUCUGCUUCCUGUGUGUGUUUGAAUGACAGAGAGUUUGACACAGUUUCCCAUGCACUCUUACCAUUCAUUAUUUUCUCUCCAAAGAAAAGUUUGACAUUUUGGGGAAAUGAAAACACUCAUUUGCUUUCUUGCCAAGCAGCAGUACAACCAAGGGGUUACUGUGGCCACCCUGAUACAAUUGCAGUUGUAGUUUAUGUGAAAAGAUGAACAGAAAAUUGUACACUUUUUUUUAAACAAAUGAGAUAAAACACAUAAUCAGUUGUAACAAAGUUAAAAUUUAAUUUUCCCACCCAGAGUAGAAAGUUUUAAAGGUGCUGGUAGGUGGAUACUGUUACAUUUGGACAGAGCCAAGUUAAUCUGGUUCCAGUCUUUGUGCCAGGCAGUGGCUAUACCACACAGACAUAAUCUUCUCAUCCAACUCUUGAAAAGAAAGCGAAUAAGCAUAACGUUACUUCCCAAAAUGUCAGACUGCGUAUUCUUAAAGGUGUUCUUGUGCAUCUGAUGGAGAUGGAUUCAGUCUUCCUAACCUGUGGAAACUUUCAGUAACAACAGAAACUGUGGAAAUGGCCUGUGGUUGAAGGGAAAUCAAUAUGUUUAAAAGUUGUUUCUGGAUUUGACCACAUUUCUUAACCUGCAAUAACUUUGAAGCAGAUAUGCAGUUACUGGCUCACUUACCUCUUACAGUCCCUGCUCUGCUUUUCAGCCAGUUAUAAAAACCCUGCUUUAAUCAGACAGUGUUCACCUCACCUGAGUACACAGAUAACCGUCCCUACCUGUGCCUCUGACACUCACCAGCUCCCUGUGACUUCAGCUUUGUAAUGUCUGGUAUUGUGUUAGGUUCAGGGCCAUAGACUAUAAUAAAUAAUGGAUGGAGCCACUGUGAUGUCGCACAUUGACUUUGAUGCCACAGGUUUGACAUUAUAGCCUUCGCCAUCUUGGUUUUUUGAAAUCAGAGUGACCAUAUUCGGACGAGAGCUGGAGCUGUGGAGGAUAUGCAUUGUUACGCCUCUUUCCUGAUUGGAUCGGACUGAGAACCUGAGAACACAUCAUGGUAGCGACUUGUCAAUCACGAGGUAGCCACACCCUAAAGUAUACCCUGCUUUAUUGUCAAUCAACUCUAAAUGGAACCAUGAUUUACAAAAUGAACAUCAUGAUGUUUUGAACACUUGAAACUAGUGAUCGGUAAAAAAAAAUCAAGUGAUAAGUAUUUUUUCAUAAACUUACAUACAAUUGGACUUAUUUUGCAACCAGGGUCACCUCCUGCUGGCCAUUAGAAAGAAUGCAGAUUUAAGGAAAUUCCCAGAAGCUCCGUCCCCUUAUUAUUCUCUCUAUGGUCAUAGCCUGCUGUGUUGUAUUUGCAUGGCACAGAGUUCAAACGUGGGUCGGUAAUGAAAUCCAUCCACAUCCUCAAGUGAUAUUAACAGUCUGAUUUGUAUGUAUUUGUGCGUUUCCCAGACAUGUCACAUGUGUGCGUGCCCUGCAUGUAAUGUUCCUGCCAGACCAACAUCCGUAUAUCUCUGUGCCAUGACUUGUUUCAUCACUUCCCGUCUGUAGUGUUACCAGCUGCCUUAUUGCCGUUUACUGUUUACAAAACCUCACUUACUGUAACUGCUGCUAGUAGCACAACAAACUGAACUUUACUGAAUCCCUCCUUUUAUUUCACUCCAGCUUUGUGCCCUUAAACUAAAACUAUAAUCUAUAGCUCCUAACGAUGAGAAUACGUUCCUCACUUCAUUACACACACUUCUACCAAGAGGCUGGCAAGGUUGAGAGAAAAGUCCAUAUGCGAUCUUUCUGAUCUUGUCAGCCUGCUAAAUCCCGAAUAUGCAUGAGUGUGGAAGUGGAACAUAAUUGUAGUGACAUGGGUUAAUACAGGUCUGUCCUGUUCCUCAGCUGUUAACUGUACAUCCCUGUUGAAGCGCUAAUAAAGAACUUGUGAAAACCUUUUA